AUGAUUACCGAUAACGCUUCGUGCUUCUUAUCCAAAGAAUUCAAAGCUCUACUUGACAAGUACCAGAUCCGACAUUGGCUUAACUCCAAAUACCACUCGCAGGCAAAUCCUGUCGAGCGGGUGAAUAGGACAGUCAAUACAGCCAUCCGUACUUACGUCAAGGAGGACCAGAGACUUUGGGACGUUCGCCUGUCUGAAAUUGAAACGGUUUUGAAUACUUCAAUUCAUUAUGCGACAAAGUUGACUCCUUAUUUUGUUACUCACGGUUAUGAGCUAUUUGCUACCGGUAGAGAUCAUAGCUGGCUGGGAGAUAAUGAACUUGCCUCUGAAGAUCGAUUGUCCCAUCAAGAACAGAUGUUCGGGAAAAUUCGUGAGGUGGUUCAGAAGAACCUCAAAAUUGCUCACGAAGAAGGGAGAAAACGAUACGCCCUACGGCAUCGGAACUUCAGUAAAAGUUUCGAUGUAGGACAGCUCGUGUAUCGCCGCAACAUGGCCUUAUCUAGCGCCGCGGACCAAUACAAUGCUAAAUAUGAUCCACAAUUUCUUCCAGCACGAAUUGUGCACAAGAAGGGUGCCUCGUCAUAUGAGCUUGUGGACCUCAAUGGAAAAAAAUUGGGAAUAUGGCCUGCUGCCUUACUGAAGCCAGGAUAA